AUGGCAUCUAUAUAUAAAUCCUUAUAUAUAUCUAUAGACAUUGUGUUACAAUUUUCUUUUGCUAGUGAACUAUAUUCUUUCUGUUUAUUAUUAUUAUCAAAAGUUUUAUUAAGAGAAAUUGAUUUAAGGGUAGAAAAAACUUCUCGCAUAUCAGGACGAAGUAUUGGUUCAUCUCCCCAACAUCCUAGCAAAUUGCUAUAUCCAAUAGGAGUACCAUCAAUUAUUUUUUCUCUUUCACCUCCUUGUAUAGCUAAUAUUAGAGCUAUAUCAUAA